AUGAAGGUUUUGGAUUUAACCCGAGUUCUCGCCGGUCCCUAUGCAACGAUGCUCCUCGGUGACCUCGGAGCAGAGGUAAUCAAGAUUGAGCAGCCCGGUACAGGAGACGAAUCUCGAAAUUUUGGUCCCUUCAAAAACGGGUUUAGCCUCUAUUUCAUGAGCGUGAAUCGUGGAAAGCAGAGCGUGACGCUCAACCUUAAAACUGAACGUGGGCAGGCAAUAUUCAAGCAGUUGUUGAAGCAGACCGAUGUUCUUGUUGAGAAUUUCCGUCCGGGGACGAUGAAAAAAUUGGGGUUGGACUACGACUCGCUGAAAGUCGAGCAUCCAUCGCUUAUCUACGCCGCGUGCUCCGGUUUCGGACAGACCGGUCCCUAUGCCGAGCAAGGUGCUUAUGACAUGAUUAUCCAAGGCAUAGGCGGUAUCAUCAGCAUCACGGGUGAACCGGGGGGACCCCCAGUGCGUGUUGGCACCUCUAUUAGCGACAUCACGGCUGCCCUCUUCACGACAAUCGGUGUCCUUUCCGCAUUGCACCAUCGUAAUCAGACAGGGAGUGGACAGUUUGUCGAUGUUGCCAUGUUAGAUAGUCUUGUUGCUGUCUUGGAAAACGCCGUUGUCCGCUAUUUUGCUACGGGCGAACCGCCUAAACCCUUGGGGGCAAGACACCCCGCAAUUACACCGUUUGAAGCGUUUGUCUCUGCGGAUGGACACGUCAUUAUCGCAAUCGGAAACGAUACGCUCUGGGCAAAGUUCUGUGAACACGUUGAUCGGCAGGAACUCAUACAGAUAAGCGGUUCCGAACGAACGCCGAUCGAACGGAGAACCAUAGUGAAUUGUUUCCUAUUCUCUCGGAGAUCAUGGCGACAACGGAAGACUGAUGACUGGAUCGAUGCGCUUGGAGCCAUUGGCGUGCCGUGUGGUCCCAUCAAUGCAAUGGACAAAGUCGUUAGUCAUCCACAGGUGCAAGCACGGGAGAUGAUUACACGCGUCGCACAUCACAUCACAGGCGAAGUGGAGGUGCCGGGAGUACCGAUUAAACUAUCGGAAACACCCGGAAACGUAGAUGCCCCUGCACCGAGUCUCGGAGAACAUACGGACAAGGUCCUCACCGGCUUGUUGGGAAUGCAUCCAGAUGAAGUGGAACAGUUAAGACGACACGGGGUUAUUUAA